AUGAGGAUGAUGCGAGAAGAGGAGCCUGAGCUCGAUCGAGCUGAGAUCGAGCUGAGUCGAGCUGAGGAUCGAGCUGAAGAUCAGGUCCAGGAGAGUGCGGAUUUGGGUGAGCCUGAGUGCUAUUACUUUGAGGAGUAUGAGGCUCCAAGGAUGAACCCCUCUGUUGUGGCUGCACACAAGAGGAUUGGACUUCUCCAAAAGUUCAACAAAUGGCAAGGGAAAGCCAUUGAGAAGAUGCAAAAGUCCAUGGACAAGAUGAUCACUCCUCACCACCCAAGGAGGCUCCCUGCCCAAGAGCCUCACAGAGCCUCUUCUUUCGAGCCAAGGGAAGGAGAAGACAACACGCAGAGAAGGAGGAAGACUUCCAAGGCCAGACGCUCCAGCUCGACCACCGGACUCGAUCGAGUCCAAACAGAGGAAACUCAACUCGAUCGAGCUGACGGUCGAGCUGACCAGGAGGAGCCCCAGUUCGAGAUCCGGGAUUUGAAUACGAUCCCAUGCCUUACCAGGAGCCUCCCCGGAGUAGAUGGAACCCCUAUGGACAGUACGAGCUACCAAUGCUCCACCAAGGCCAAGGAAGCCACACACAUUUCAACGAUGAAGAAGAGGAGGAAGAGGAGCCACAAGCUCGAUCGAGUGAGCCCAAGAGGCAACCCAGUUGCAUGGAGUGCUCCUGAUGGCCGUCUCCCAUCUCCAGACCACGACCUAGUCUCCCAGUUCUUUGGGGGACACUGA